UACAAACCUGUAUGCCUUUGGAGUGUGGGAGGCAACCGGAGAUCCCAGGGAAAACCCAAACAGGUCACGGGGAAAACGUACAAACUCCGUACACAUAGCACCCAUAGUCGGGAUCGAACCCGGGUCUCUAGCGCUGUAAGGCAGCAACUCUACCGCUGCGCCACCGUGCCGCCCGCCUGUGCAACGUUUAACGCAAUGGCAAGAACGUGUAUUUUCCUGCUCCAACGCUCUGUGCUAAAGGCCAAAACAUCUUUGUGUUUACAGAAACGAGCGUUUUUUAACGUUAAGAACAAAGAGAGCGGUGAUCUGCUGUCGGUACUUCCAAGUGAGGACGAUGUGAAGUCUGGCCGUGUCAUCGUUGCUCCUGAGAAUAAGGAACUGGAGCAGCUCUGGUUCUAUGAGAAGGGACUAUUGAAGCCCAAGUUUGCUCCAGAUGUGAGCCUUCAGACAAUCGGCACUCUGGCUGACACGGGCAGCAAGGUGGUACUCUGGACAGAGACACGAAUACCUAUACAUUGCUGGACGUUUGAAUUCAGCGGUACUGUCCGCAGCCUCCUGUAUGAAGGAUUUGUGCUCGACAUCAAAGGUGGGAAAUCUUACGAUCGUGACGCUGCGAUGAUUUGCAGAUACGAAGAGCAGAAUCCGAUGCAGCAGUGGGAGAUCCAGAUGUUGUAACAACACAUAAAGCCUUAAGAUCAAAGUACUAGGCUUCUGGCUGGAACUAUCUCUCUUUGGCCAUCCUCUCUGCUGCUCUCUCUCUCUCCCCAAAGUCGUGUGGUGCCUCGCAGAAGGGAUGGGCAGGAGUUGAUGGGGGACUUGGGGAUCGGAAGAGGAUGAAGUCCAUUUGCCCACAGUUGCCAUCCAUUGGAAAAUAACAGCAACCAGAAAAGAUCUGCACCUGGGACAUAUUUUAUUCCCACCGUCUAUCCUUGCAGCUUUCAUUGACAUUUCCCUUUCUCAUUCUGCUGUUUAAAGGGAAGAAUCAACACAUUUUUAAAAGAAAUCACUUAGUCGCCGUGUCCUUUUGAUUAUUGAUACAUGGGUAACUGGGCAAGUUCCGCUCAACCUAUUGCCUUGAAGUCACGCAGUGUCUGGUAGAUUGGGUAGGAAUUGAGCCUCAUGUAGACUGUGGGAAGGGUGACAGGUCCCUUUUCUAAAGGGGAUUAUGGAGCCAAAUGGGUUAUGUGAACAUUUGCUGGAGCAUAAAUUAUCAAGUUCAAUAAAUUCCACUUCACAAUAAGAUGGUACCAUUGAAUAAUUAGCCCAGUACCAUGGCCUCUGUCUCUGUUUUGUGUGCUGGGACAUAACCCUGUUGCAUGAAUGGAUGGUAUCUCUGGUACAUUGUACUUAGUGAUGUGACUUCUUAAUAGAAUGUUUUAAAUAACUUUAGACUUUAGAGUUACAGCGUGGAACAGGCCCUUUGGCCCACCAAGUCCGUGCUGACCAGCGACCACCCUGCACGCUUAGCGUUAUCCUACACCCUAGGGAACAUUUACAAUGUUACCAAGCCAAUUGACCUACAAACCUGUACGUCUUUGGAGUGUGGAAGUAAGCCAGAGCACCCGGAGAAAACCCACAUGGUCACAAGGAGAACGUACAAACUCUGUACAAACUGAAUAACCUUUUGUUGUUCAGAUGUUUAUAUCUGCACAGUGCAACUAGAAGGGGGGUUGUUAUGCUCACACUGUGUGCAAAUAUUAGUAUCCCACGAGGGUAAUCUCAGAGCCCAAGAUAUCCUCUCUACAAGCAAUGGACAGCGGAAUAGGUCAAGUGGAGAUUCCACUCUGUAGUAGGGUGUGGGUAUUCAUUCUAUUUCAAGUGUGACUAUAAUUGAUGAGAGCUCCUGGAACUGUGCCCAGUGUGAGUGAGAAUUUGUGGAGCUGUGCCCCUCUGAGACUCGGUGCCCAUGAAAUGUAGUCAGUCAGAAAUUAAUGAAUGUGGAAGAUUUGCUGAAUCACGUCUGAUGCUCUUAACAUUAGACCCCUGCCUCAGGCCAGCUGACUUAAUAUAGUUCUGAAUUUAUUUAAGCAAUUCCAAUUUAUAUAUGAUUUAUGAUGCUCAAAUAUAUAUGACAAAACAGUGCCUUUUCUGCCUGUUUUAUACAAUGGGGACAAAAAGGAUAUUAACUAUUAUAGUUUUGUAGAUGGCAAUACAUUUUAUAAGCAAAUAAACAAUAAUACUUUGUAAAAAUGGAAGAUGCAGUAAAUUUAGUGUCCAACAUAAAAUAUAUUUUUUAAUUUAGUUGUCUGUUUAAUGUAAUUCUAUAAUAAAAAAUGUGAUAACGUUCAAUG